UAACAAAGAAUGCAGCCAACAUAGUUUCAGCAGAAGAGAUUAUAGUUUGAGGAAGAAAAUUUAUUAGAGAAUAGCGAUCAACUUCCUCCAAAUUGCAGCUAUAAAAAGACGGGUCCCUUGGCCUACGUUGUUUAGUACGUUGGUGAGAAAGGCACUCCACAUGAGGGUAAUGAUAUGGAUUAAUAAAAACUUAGGGGCACACAUUGUAGUUGAUGUUGAUUUGAGUGGCACUAAUGGAUCUCCUGGAUUCCCUGCUGAGGCUCCAAAUAUCACAUUCAGGAAUGGGUUCUAGCAUGUUAAUGUUUAUCCUAUGGGCAAAUUAUGCAUGUAUCUUUCGAACAAGGAAACAUUUACUUCUGGCACAACACUCUUGGAAAUCUUUUAAGGCAUAAAUUAGGUCAUUCAUCAGUAUUAAUGAUAUAUUAUAUGAUCAGUCCCACAUUCCAUGAUCCAGCCAAUGCAUCCAUUUUGAUUUAAGAGGGAGGAAAGGGCUACGAUGAGAAGAUGAGAGACUAGGCUAAGAAAUUGAGUUAACCCUAAUAUAAAGUGUUGUGAAAGAAAUAAUAAUAAUAU